AAUAAAGACACCAUAUUUGAGAAACGAAUCAUCAUUGUGUCAUGCAGUGACUCCCAUAGAUGUUUUCCCAUAGCCAAUAGUUGCGUUGGUUGAAGUCAAAUUGUGAAGACUGUAUACGGUAUAUCUAAUUUGUCUAUGAACAGGUUGGAGCGCAUGAUUGAGGAGUUGUCUAUAAAUCUGCGCGUAAAUGGAAGAGGGCUGGGUGUGACUGAGGCCAGGCUGCCGUCUGUGAGGCCCUAGCUAGAGAUGGACAUUGAGGUGGGCAUCCUGGAGGAGGACAUGGAGGGCUCGUGGACCUUGCUGUCGUGGCUGGCCUCCUGUGUGAUGGUGUUUGGAGGGGCCCUGCCUUAUGUGCCUCAGUACCAGGAGAUCCAGAGGAGCAGCAACACUGAGGGAUUCUCCACCCGUGUUUGCCUGCUGCUGCUCAUCGCCAACAUCCUACGCAUCUUCUUCUGGAUAGGGAAGCAGUUUGAACUGACUCUGCUCCUCCAGAGUGUGGUGAUGAUCAUCACCAUGCUAGCUAUGCUCCACCUUUGCUGCAACAUCCAGCAAGCCAAUCGGAUCAGCACCAACCAGCACCACUUCACAGAUCUGGACCUGCGCUACUUCUGGAGCUGGAGUGCAUUUGAGGACUACCUGCUAUUCUGUUUUGCCUUCACGGUGCUGUGUGCCUUCCUCACCCUUCUCCUGCUGGACUCUGUGCUGUUCGUGGAGGGCCUGGGCUCCCUGGCCGUGCUGUUUGAGGCCAUGCUGGGGGUGCCACAGCUUCUGCAUAACUUCCACAACCACUCCACCCGCGGCAUGAGGCUGUCUCAUCGCCAUCAGUGAUCAGGCCUACCACAGUUGUGUCGCCAGCAAACUUGAUGUUGGAGUCAUGCGUGGGUGAACAGUGAGUACAGGAGGUGACUAAGCUCACACCCUUGAUGGGCCCCUGUGUUGAGGGUCAGCGUGGCGGAGGUGUUGUUAUCUGCUAAAUGGCAUAUAUUAUUAUAUUAUUAUCUAUCCUCACCACCUGGGGCUGGCCUGUCAGGAAGUCCAGGAUCUUUUUACAGAGGACUCUACAAAGUGUCUUGAGUGUUCCACAGGGAUGCUGGCCCAUGUUGACUACAAUGCUUCCCACAGUUGUCAAGUUGGCUGGAUGUCCUUUGGGUGGUCGAUCAUUAUUGAUACACACAAGAGACUGUCUCCAGUAUUUAUGCUGCAGUAGUUUGUGUCGGGGGGCUAGGGUCAGUUUGUUAUAUCUGGAGUACUUCUCCUGUCCUAUUCGGUGUCCUGUGUGAAUCUAAGUGUGCGUUCUCUAAUUCUCUCCUUCUUUCUUUCUCUCUCUCGGAGGACCUGAGCCCUAGGACCAUGCCCCAGGACUACCUGACAUGAUGACUCCUUGCUGUCCCCAGUCCACCUGGCCAUGCUGCUGCUCCAGUUUCAACUGUUCUGCCUUACUAUUAUUUGACCAUGCUGGUCAUUUAUGAACAUUUGAACAUCUUGGCCAUGUUCUGUUAUAAUCUCCACCCGGCACAGCCAGAAGAGGACUGGCCACCCCACAUAUGCUCUCUCUAAUUCUCUCUUUCUUUCUUUCUCUCUCUCUCUCUCUCUGAGGACCUGAGCCCAAGGACCGUGCCCCAGGACGACCUGACAUGAUGACUCCUUGCUGUCCCCAGUCCACCUGACUGUGCUGCUGCUCCAGUUUCAACUGUUCUGCCUUGUUAUUAUUCGACCAUGCUGGUCAUUUAUGAACAUUUGAACAUCUUGGCCAUGUUCUGUUAUAAUCUCCAUCCGGCACAGCCAGAAGAGGACUGGCCACCCCACAUAGCCUGGUUCCUCUCUAGGUUUCUUCCUAGGUUUUGGCCUUUCUAGGGAGUUUUUCCUAGCCACCGUGCUUCUACACCUGCAUUGCUUGCUGUUUGGGUUUUUAGGCUGGGUUUCUGUACAGCACUUUGAGAUAUCAGCUGAUGUACGAAGGGCUAUAUAAAUAAAAUUUGAUUGAUUGAUUGACUGUUGCAGUUCCUGACACACACACGGUGUGUGCGGUGCGCCUGGCACCUGCUACCAUAUCUCUUUCAAAGGCAUUACAUCUUAUGUCUUGCCCAUUCAUCCUCUGAAUGGCACACACACACAAUCCAUGUCUCAAUUGUCAAAAAUCGUUCUUUAACCUGUCUCCUCCCCUUCAGCUACACUGAUUGAAUAGGACUUAACAAGUGACACAUAAAUGUCUCCAUUGUGAUGUGCUGCUCUUGUACAGAUGACCCGCCCCUGUUAAUUACCUCGUUAAUGAUUUAUCCUUGUUAAUGAUGUUUGCCGUCUCUAGAGCAAAGAAAUUAGCAAAUAUGACGGCGGGAGAGAAAAGAGAGGGGGAAUGUAAAAA